UCACGCGGAGGCAAGCUCAGUGCUUGGAGAGCGCGAUAGCGCGCGCGCCGGCUCUUAGUGCCCUCCCCGGUGACGUGCCUGGCCGAGGCCGCGCCAGGGCGCUGUUGCUGCCAGUACAGCUAUCAUGGCGUCCGAGGCGCUGGCUGCGGAGAACUGGCUGCGGUCUCCAUAAAGCGGGGGGCGGGCGGCCAGGUAUGGAGAGCAGCCCCGAGAGCUUGCAGCCGCUAGAACACGGGGUGGCGGCCGGGCCAGCGUCAGGGAUAGGUUCUUCGCAGGAAGGGCUACACGAGACCAGGCUCGCCGCUGGCGAUGGUCCUGGAGUAUGGGCGGCGGAGAGCGGCGGCGGGAAUGGGCAGGGGGCGGCGGCCGCCGGGAGGAGCCUCCCGGACUCGGCUUCUUCCGCGGGCUGUCCUGAGGUUUCGGGACCCUGCAGCUCUGCCCCGGGUUUGGACUUGAAGAAUAGUGCUUUGGAGAGUCUUGCUGCCGCCGAGGUGCCUCUGAGAGGGCAGUACAAGGUGACCGCCUCCCCCAAGACAGCCGAGGCUGGAGUGGGUCAUGAGUUGGGUCCCGCUGGAGACGCGGGAGUCCGCCCGGAUCUCGCCAGCACCUGCCAAGCAGAGCUGACGGCCGCCGGCUCCGAAGAACCCAGCAGCGCCGGCGGCCUCAGCAGCAGUUGCAGCGAUCCAAGCCCUCCUGGGGAGUCGCCGAGCUUGGACUCUCUGGAGUCGUUCUCUAACCUGCAUUCUUUCCCCAGUAGCUGCGAGUUCAAUAGUGAGGAGGGAGCGGAGAACAGGGUCCCUGAGGAGGAGGAGGAGGAGGAGGGUGCGGCAGUGUUGCCCGGGGCUGUUCCUCUGUGCAAGGAGGAGGAGGAGGAGGAGGAGGAGGAGGAGACCGCUCAGGUGCUGGCGGCCUCCAAGGAACGCUUCCCGGGACAGUCUGUGUAUCACAUCAAGUGGAUCCAGUGGAAGGAAGAGAACACACCCAUCAUCACCCAGAAUGAGAAUGGACCCUGCCCCUUGCUGGCCAUCCUCAAUGUUUUGCUCCUGGCCUGGAAGGUGAAACUUCCACCGAUGAUGGAAAUCAUAACUGCUGAGCAGCUGAUGGAAUAUUUAGGAGAUUACAUGCUUGAUGCAAAGCCAAAAGAAAUUUCAGAAAUUCAACGUUUAAAUUAUGAACAGAAUAUGAGUGAUGCCAUGGCAAUUCUGCACAAAUUACAGACAGGUCUGGAUGUAAAUGUAAGAUUCACUGGUGUUCGAGUGUUUGAAUAUACGCCGGAAUGCAUAGUAUUUGAUCUUCUUGAUAUUCCUUUGUACCAUGGGUGGUUAGUGGACCCUCAGAUUGAUGACAUUGUAAAAGCUGUUGGUAACUGCAGCUACAAUCAACUAGUGGAGAAGAUCAUCUCUUGUAAGCAGUCAGACAAUAGUGAGCUGGUUAGUGAAGGCUUUGUAGCUGAGCAGUUUCUAAAUAACACAGCCACUCAACUGACAUACCAUGGAUUAUGUGAACUAACUUCAACGGUUCAGGAAGGAGAACUUUGUGUGUUCUUUCGGAAUAAUCAUUUUAGCACCAUGACCAAAUACAAGGGUCAACUGUAUUUGCUGGUAACGGACCAGGGAUUUCUCACUGAAGAAAAAGUUGUUUGGGAAAGCCUACACAAUGUAGAUGGUGAUGGAAAUUUCUGUGACUCAGAAUUUCAUCUUCGGCCUCCUUCAGAUCCUGAAACUGUAUACAAAGGACAGCAAGAUCAGAUAGAUCAGGAUUAUCUUAUGGCAUUAUCUCUACAACAAGAACAGCAGAGCCAAGAGAUCAACUGGGAACAAAUCCCAGAAGGAAUCAGUGAUUUGGAACUAGCAAAGAAACUUCAAGAGGAAGAGGACAGACGGGCUUCUCAAUACUAUCAGGAACAGGAACAAGCAGCAGCAGCUGCUGCUGCUGCUUCUACACAGGCUCCGCAGGGCCAGCCAACACAAGCCUCUCCAUCAAGUGGAAGACAAUCUGGGAAUAGUGAACGUAAGAGGAAGGAACCACGAGAAAAAGAUAAAGAAAAAGAAAAGGAAAAAAAUAGCUGUGUUAUUUUGUAACAAGUGUUGGCUUCUGUUGGAACCACCUAUAUGUCUUGAUAAACAAAACCACAGGAGGAAAUGAAGAAAAUCGAUCAAUACCGUCUGUGCCUGAUUUCCCAAUGGAUUUUGUUCAUGUUUUUUCAGGGGAAAGUUGUUACUUAGCUACAAUCAGACUUUUUCAAGUCACACAAUACACUCUUUAUGAGCUGGAGUUUCAUGUUACAAGAUGGAAAUGCUGUGUGUUGUCAUCCAUAAAAAAUACUGCACUUGUAGCCAGAUAAGCAAAUCACAGCAAAUUUUGUGUCAUAGUGACAUUCAUAACUCAUCAGUUAGUAAGCUAUUAUAUCUUCUGUUCUAACAAUGAAUGGAGGUAAUUGAUUUAGUCUGAUUCCUUCCUGAAAUCUAAAUAUUAGCACAAUAGUUUCUGAAACUUUACACUGUUAAAUUAUGAUCUAAUCCAUGAGAAACCACGGUCUUAAUAUAGGGAUUCAAAAAGCAAAAACAAAUAAAAUAAUAGGAAUAAGUAACCCUUAAUUGUAUAUUGGACUAGUUCAGCCCUUGAACAGCUUUACCUUUAUUUAGGAAUGUACAUUUUAGAUAUUAUCUUGAGAACUGAAAAUGGAGCUUAGAUUUAAUUUAGAUAGCAAAAAUAAAGAUUUGUAUUUCUUUUCCAAUAGCAAAAAGUUACAUAACACUAAUACUUAUAACAUAUCAAAAUCAGUAUAAAUGACUUUGUAGUAUUGUAAAAUUUUGAGGAAUUUUGGAGUCUUUAUCAUAGGUAACCUGGACCACAAUUACUAUUUAUUGACAAUGUGAUUAAGUGAGGGUAUGGAGGAAAGCACAGUGGAUGCUAGGCCUUGUAAAUAUGGGGAUGUAGAAAGCAGUUCAGUGUCUACCUUUUUCUAGAAUUACCUUGAACCUUAAAUUUUAAGUCAUGUUCAUUGGUAGAAAAUUAAGUAUACUUAUUAAAAUCAAUGACAAAGCACAUUUCUGAAAGGAAGUUAGAGAAAAUCUCUGUGUCUUGUGAAACGACAUUAAUAAAAAUCUGAGAGGGCCAUGCACAGUGGCUCCCAGCACUUUGGGAGGCUGAGAUGGACGGAUCAUAUGAGACCAGGAGUUCAAGACCAGCCUGGCCAACAUGGUGAAACCCUGUCUCUCCUAAAAAUGCAAAAAUUAGCCAGGCCUGGUGGCACGUGCCUGUAAUCCCAACUCCUUGGGAUGCUGAGGCCGGAGAAUCGCUUGAACCUAGGAGUUGGAGGUUGCAGUGAGCUGAGAUCACGCCACUGCACUCCAGCCUGGGUGACCCGGCAAGACUUCAUCUUAAAAGAAAAAAAAAAAUCUGAUAGUAGGAAGGAUUUUGGAGGAAUUUAUGUAAAAGCAAUCAGUUUUUUUAACUUAUGGGAACCAAAUAAAACUAUAACCUCUUAGAGUGUUUAUAGAACUCAGAAAUAAUAUUUAUUUAACUUUAUUAUGAGGCAAUGCAUAUUUUCCUGUAUUUCUAGAUAUAGUUUGGAAAACUAUCCUUAAUAGUCUGUUUUAUAUGCCUUAUAUUUAAAAGUUUGUUUUAGUCAUUUUUGAAAGACUAUUGCUGCUGCAAAUAGUUGCAUUCUUUACAUUCUAAGCUUCAGUAAAUUGCUUUAUUUAAGAGCAUCAUAAUCUGACCUGAGCAUCCACUUGGAGAAUGUUUUUUUGUGUGUGUGGUCUAGCGUGACAAAAGACCAGAAAAAUUUGUGGUCUAGAUUUUUUCAACUAUGUCAUUAACUUUAUGAUCCAAGAGCAGUUAUAGGACAAAUCUAUAUGUAAAAAUAAAGUCUUAUUUAUGGAAGGAAUUAUUCUAAGGGAAAAAUCCAGGGUCAAGCUGUAUCUUUUAUGUCCUCUAUAUUGCAUGUCUAUUCUGUUACACAAUUUGUUAUUUCUUCAAAUUUCCUGUGGUAGCAUGAGAAAUCAUCCAAGAACCUGUUUGGGAUAUAAAAUUUUGAUAGAAAAUAUUUGAUGAGUAUCUUGAUAAUAACCUAGAAUAUGUAUACAUUAGUAAAAUAACCAGAUAUACUACAGAACUCUCUGUUGGCUCAAACAGGUUGACCUCAAUCCAAGUUUACUCUUGAUAUCACUCUAUUGGCUGAAGGAGGAAACUCGAACUUCAGGGUUUGUUUUUCCCAGGAUAGAUAGUAGUGAUAUUGCAUUGUAUUUUAAUAAGAAAAACCAGUAAACCUUGAGAAAUUUUAAAAAGCAUAGUUGAGGCAUAUUUUUUCAUAAUUAUAUACUUAUCUAUUUAUUGCCCACGGAAAAUAUAUGUGUAGAAGUAUUUCUUCGUUAUUUGUUACUAUCUUCUUAAUUUGUUCCAAAGAUAAUACUGCCAUACUGCAUUCCCUCUGGAAGAAAACAAAACUCACUCAAAACCAGCAGUGCUGCUAUCAGAUAAGUAGAUGUCAUGUAUACUUAGAAGGAAAAACUAAAAAAUUUAAUUUGUUAAUUCAGCCUUUUUCUAUGUAAUACUUCCAAGUCAGACUCUUACAUUCCUGGAAUUUAGUUGGAUAUAGCAAGAAUAAUAAUGAUAAAAUAAAUGUUUGCUUUGAUUACUGUUGGAGGCAGAAUGAAAUGUUCAAUUGUAUUAAAACAAAGUUUUCAGAGAUACUGAAUUCAUGUCCUUGAAGAUUAUAAAGAAUUUAGAUCAUGCCUGUAAUCCCAGCACUUAGGGAGGCCAAGGCAGGUAUAACACCUAAGAUCAGGAGUUUGAGACCAGCCUAGCCAACAUAGCAAAACCCUGUCUCUAGUAAAAAUACAAAAUUAGCCAAGGGUAGUGGCAGAUACCUGUCAUCCCAGCUACUUGGGAGGCUGAGGCAGGAGAAUCACUUGAAACCAGGAGGCAGAGUUUGCAGUGAGCUGAGAUCAUGCCAUUGCAUGCCAGCCUGGACAACAGAGCAAGCAAGACUCCAUCUGAAAAAAAAAAUAAUAAUAAUUUAGAAUGAUUUUGUCUUUAUUUUCUUAAAUUUUGCCCAAGGUAACGUUAUAUAUCCAGGCAUUUCAUUGCUAGUUUGGGUAUAUAGGAUUUUGAUAGUGGUAUAUUAAAAGGCUUUCCUUCCCAGUAUUUUGUAAUACUUGAAAAUUAUUACAUGUACAGUGCUAACAAAAGUUAGAACUUAUUUUUGUUUUGUUUAUAGGCUAGAUUAGGGAUACAUUUGCAGCAAUCAGAUCAUCAUUAGAUUUGAAAAGGAGGCAGAUGAAUGAAGAAAUGCGGUCAUUGCAUUUUCCUUUUACUUUCAGAGUCUAUUCCUUAAGGUUAGUAACCAAUCUUUAUUAAAAAUACAAAAUUUUUCUUCAUGUCUAAUGCCAUUGCAUCCACAAUGCUGUGAUACAUAGUACAUGAUCAAUACUUAAAAGUACUUACUGUAUGUGUGUGUGUUUCUGAACAAGUUUUCAUGACCUCUGUUAGAUUCUCAAAAGAAUUCAAAACUUUCCUUCAUAUUUAAGAACCACCAUUUUAAGAAUACAUGUGUAUAUAUACACGUUAAGCAGUAUGAGGCAGCUAAAAUUGCGUUCGUUUUACACUGGUUCAGUGUGCUUAGGCAAAGUAACGUCUUCCAUGUUUCAAGGUCAGUUUCAGACUUGAAUGAAGCAUAGAUUUAAAUUUAGGAUUAGGCUUUGGAAUAUGUCUUGUUUUUUUUGUCUCACAUUUCUAAUUUUGACUACUUAUCCCAUGUUAUGUUUCAAAUUUAUUUCUCAUGUUUCAAGUUCUUUCUCAUACUUCUUGAUCUUGGCUUAACUAAGCAAGUUAAUAUCAGAGGCUAGUUGACUGAACCCAAGAUAAACCAUUUUGUACUUGCACAAAACCUUCUUAGCAUUUUUUUUCUUUUUUCUUUUUCCCAUCCCACUUGUCAGCAGAAAGCAUUUUUUUUUCCAAUGAAUCAGUCAGUUCACUAAGAGACAGAUCAUGAGAGGAAAGAACUAGAAGGACAAUAAAUAUUUAAGAAAAUAAUUGUUUGUAUAUUAAUGUUGACAUGUAAACCACAUAUCUAAAAUUUUGCUGGAGAAAAAUUCAGGCAAGAAUUUCCAGAACUGUCCUCAAAUAAGUCAUUUAUUUAAGUUUAAAGGAAAAAGCAAAUUUAUUACAUUUAAGUUUUCCUGUUCCAUGCACUAGUUAUUUUAAAACAUAAUAAAAAGCUUGUGGGCAUUACCUAUCACACAGUACUUAUGUAUAAACAUAAUAGUAAAGUAACUAAUGUUUGAUAAAAACAAAAUGGAGGCAUUACAAAUAGUCUACAAUUUGUAUUUUAAGGAAUUGGACAUGAAGAAGUCUAGAUCAUUUUGUGUCUAAAAACCUGACUUCCUAUUUUGCCUUGGGCAAACUUUCUGUGCCUCAAUGUACUCUAAAUAUGUGAAGGAUGCUCUUUUUGGUUAAGUGUUUUGCACACCUGAAUACAGGGCAUAGUAUAAGCACAAAGUAUGACUUAAGUUAUCACAAAUAUUACACAUCCUGUGUUCUUAAAUGUGCACACUUUUUUCUCAACAAAAUGUAUCUUAAAUCAGUUUUUUUCUUACUGCUGUCAAAAUUUGUAGAAUUAUCUUUUCUUUGAGUAUGGUAUCAUCUCUUCCCAAAUGCAUUUUACAGUUGCUUUUGUGUUCUAUAGACUAUAGAGUCAAAAUCAAGAGUAUUUUGGGAGUAUCAGAAGCAUUUAAAAAUCUAUUUUUUCUAGUAUCUUUCAAAGAUCUAAAUAUUUAGAUUCUCUUUGCCUUUUUCUCCGCAGAAUAAAGUACAGUAGUAUCAAAUUACUAAUACAGUAUAUAAACUUUGUUUGCAUUGGUCGAAUUCAUUUAUAUCUCUCAAAUACUAUUAUUUUAGGGCUAUAUAAAUUGUGUUUUUAGUGUAAAAUGUUAUUUGAUAAUCUGUUGUUAAAUAUCUUUUAGAAAGUAACUGAAAAUGGUAAAGGAACUCGUCAGAAUCUUAGAGUUCCUAGAUUCUCUGAUAAUUUAUUAUCUUUUGUUAAUGAUGUCCAACACUUCUAAAACUGUUGAGAAAACAUGAAGAAUUGAGGUUACUCUUCUCAGGUGACACUUUAAAUAUUAAAAUCAGAGGCUUCCUGAACAAAACAUAUUGCAAAAUAGAGAUAAUGGCAUGGGAGAGGCCAAAUGCAGGACUCUGGUAAAUUUAACUUAUUUUGAAUAUCUAUCUAAAUUUUAGUUCAUGCAUGUUCUUACUUAAUCCUGGUGUUUCUGCUGUUAGAAAUUAGAGUUUAAUAAAUUGUGAUAUGCAUACAUAUUUUUUACAUGAAGGAUUCUAGUUUCUAACUUUACUUUUCUGAUAUCAAGAAAAUUAAACUUGAAAAACAGGGUAAAAUUCUUCCAACUAUUGCCUCAAGUUCAUUUUUGUCCUGUUGUCCUAAGAAAGGAGAUUUAGACUUGUCUGCCUAAUACAGAUGUUUUUUAGGCCAUGAUACUAUCCCAGAGAAAGUGUUGAGAUACCAUGGCAGAAAUAUAAAACCUAAGUUUUGAACCCCGGUAGACUUCUUAUUCUGCCAUUAAGUCUCUCUACUUUAUCUGGAAUUCUAAGAAUUUAUUCACACUACUUAAUAAUUUGUCACCAUUAACUUUAAUAUCCACUUUUAAUCUGCACUGUAAUAUCCUGCUUUGAGAAGCAAGAAUGCCUCAUAAAUUAGGGAUGCACAAAAUAAAUGUUUUGGAAGGUGAUCCUGGCUCCUUCGGCUCUCAUAAUUAUUUUAUAGCUGUAAAUAAAAAGUCAAGAAACUGGCCAGGUGCGGUGGCUCAUGCCUGUAAUCCCAGCACUUUGGGAUGCUGAGGUGGGUGGAUCACCUGAGGUCAGGAGUUUGAGACCAGCCUGGCCGACGUGCUGAAACCCUGUCUCUACUAAAAAUUUCGAAAAAAAAAAAAAAAAAUUAGCCAGCUAUGGUGGCAUAUGCCUGUAAUCCCAACUACUCAGGAGGUUGAGGCACGCAAAUCGCUUGAACCCAGAGGGCAGAAGUUGCAGUGAGCCAAGAUUGCCCCACUGUACUCCAGCCUGAACAACAGAAUGAGACACUGUCUCAAAAAAAUAAAUAAAUAAAAAUAAGAAACUGAAAUUCCCAUUUUAAAGUUCUCAAAUCAGUGACCUGUCAAAAUAGGCCUUGUAACUGAAAUACCUUACAAAGCAGUUCUAACUAAUGCAAUGUGUUUUUAAAAAUUUUUUAACAAAUCUUACAUUGUAAACAUAAUUGCAGUAUAUUUUAAGACUAACAUUGGUAUUUAAUCCUUGAAGACCUGUGUUGUAUGUCUCUCAAUUUUGUCAGAAUUUUUAUUGUUUUUCACAUAUUAUGUGAAAUAAGCAUUUUUUUCAGGGUACAUAGGGUAUCUUUGUUUUACAGAUUUUUAAAGAUGAGGUUUUGAAAAACCCUCAGAGGUUUUUGUUAUCUUGCUAAAUAAAUGUCAACUUGUUACAGAUUCACACAUUACAAGUAGGACAACAUAACAGGAGAUUGGUAUAUGACUGCUACACAGCAGUCAGCAAAAUGGAUCAUGUUUGCUUGUGAAACUUCAGAGGUACCCCGAAAGUCAUUUCCCAAAGCUAGUGCAUCUGAAUCUUUUUCCUUGAAUUGUGCAGAACAAUUGGAUUGAGGCACAUAUUUUGAGGAGUGGCAAGUGGACAAUUAUCUUGAAAUGUAGCAAGGAAGAGAGACAAGUUUUCUUUCUCUACUUUUUGUUGGACUAAUUGGGUCAAUUUGCUGUGACAUAUCAAAGAUCUUUUUGUGCCAGGCCGAGAUUGGCUACUGAGUUCUCAAAGCAUUUAAAUAUAUAAAUUGUAUAUGAGUGCCUAUUUUUUUCUCCUUUCAUUUUCUAUCUUAAUACUCUUUUUACUUUUGAAAUAAUUCAUCUGUUUUACUUUAUGACCAGCUUUAAUUUCAAUUAAGGAAUAAUAGCAACCCUAGAGAUUCAUAGGAAAGUGUAUUGAAAUACAUUUUUUUUAAUAAAGAUACCUAAAACCAUCUCCUCAGCUUAGGGUUGAGCUGAAUUUCUGUGAAAUGAAUUUAUUGUUUUAAAUACUAAUUAUUCUAAAAUGACUUAAUUCUUAAAAAUAAUGUGUUUAGUUUCAAAAGUUUCACUUUGGGAGGAUAUUCCCAAAAAGGCAUACAUAGAUGGGAAAGUAUAAAAUAUUUCUGACAGAAUUAUUCAGUAUUCUUCAAAAUUUACUUCCAUGUUUGUUAUUGUAUCACAAAAAUAGUGUCAUUGUUGGAUUAAAAUGUUGGCUGUUUUUGUUAAUAUACUUAAAACUGUAACCAGUGAAUAACACCUGUAGUAUUUUUUAUUAUAGAUUAUAUUUUAUUUCAAUAAACUUUGAUAUUUAGACCAAA